CAUGGUGAAAGAAGAUGGGAGAAACAACAGCAACCCGUCGACAGGGUUAAAGGACGAUAGAGUUCGGCGAGAAAUCAGGAAUCCAGCAGAAAGUACAAACAAACACAUGCACCAAGACUCGUCGCUGCAAGCUGCGGGAAAACAUUAGCAAAAGCGCAGCAAGGAGAGAGGGACAGAGAGAGAAAAUAUCAGCAGGGCAAGAGAACCCAACAUAGAGAGAGAGAGAGAGACAAAUCAACAGCCAGAGAGAGAGAGAGUGAAAAGACAUUAGCAAGAACAGAGAGAGAAAUAAAUUUACAGCAAGAGAAAGAAAGAUAUCAAGAGCAUCAGAGACGGAAAUAAAUUAACAGCAGAGGGAGAAAUCAGGAGAGAGAAAGGGAGAGAUCAAAAGCAAAGAAAGCUAUCAACAGCAAGGAAAGAGAGAGAUAAAAAAAACAUCAGCAGAGGCGCCCGACGUGGUCUCCGAGCUGGGAACAAAUCCUGGCGGAGGGGCUGGCCGAGCCGGAGAGCAGCCACAGGGAAUGGGGCGAAUCCAGCUCUCAGGCAGCAGCCUGACUCUGCCCGAGCAUCGGUCCAGAACUCGCUACCAAACUGCUGCCUUUCAGAGCUAGGCAUGGCACUCCGCUGAUAGUUCCCGGAGGGGGACGGGUGAAAGCUGCCGGCUCAGUGGGGAUCCCCCGGAAUCGGGAAGAAGUCUGGGACACUGACAAAACCCAGGGAAUUGUGUGGAUCGGAGCAAGGAGAGGAAGCCAGUACAGCGCAGUCCAUGUGCGGACCCUGCAUCCAGAGGCCUAAGCCAUACCUGCCUGAGAAGAAUGUGAGGUGGCAUCCAGUUUUGGGAUACAGAUUACUCCAUUGUGCUCUUCCUUCCUUCUCAAGUCUUCACUUGCACAUUCUGCCCUUGGACCCUUCUGUGAAAUAACGCUAAAAGAGCAACCUUGCAAAACAGCGAUUGUAGCACUCAUAAUAGAAUGUAUCUCAGGUAUUUUUAAUUUAUCUCAGUGGAAAUACAGUGAUUGCAACCAUCUUUCCAACUAAUUAUUUCUUGAUAUGUUUCACCGAUGAACCCUGCUGUGUCUUAAUGCUCUGGAAUAUUUGAGUAAAGAAACCUCACGUCUGUGACGGCUCAGUGGGACAAGUUACUGCUGGCACUCACGAUAUGGCAGUGAGCAGUGUAAAGUCCAUGUAUUGGGAAGUUUUCCCGCCAAUGCCUACCAAACGUGUGUACUGCACUCCAGCGUAUCAGGAUAGGCAGUUGUUUAUUCUUGGGGGCUGUAGUGAGACAGGAUUGCCUCUGGACAAAAUUGAAAUGUUGGAUAUUGUCAGUCAGAAGUGGACAGGGCUACCUUCAAUGCCCACUGCUCGAGCUGGGGCAGCUGCAGUCAUUUUAAACAAACAAAUCCUCGUUAUUGGUGGCAUGAAUGAGCAGCAGAACCCUUUAGGCUCAGUAGACAUCUUUAAUAUCGAUGAAGGCAAGUGGGAAAAAAAGGCGCCGCUGGGACAACCUUCAAUGGGAAUAACAGCUGUCAAGAAAGAUGGCAGAGUGUACGCUUUGGGAGGCAUGGGCUCAGAUGCUGCUCCACAAGCUCUGGUACGUGUGUAUGAACCAGCCAGGGAUUAUUGGCAACCCCUACCACCGAUGCCAACACCACAGUAUGCAGCCUGUUCUUUCAUCAAGGGCAAUAAAAUCUAUGUCCUAGGAGGAAGACAGGGCAAACUACCUGUGACCGCUUUUGAAGCCUUAGACUUGGAAACAAAGAGCUGGACCAAAUAUCCAAGCAUUCCUACCCGCCGUGCAUUUGCUAAUUGUGCUAUGACUGAGAAAUGCUUUUACAGCCUUGGAGGUCUUCAGCAACCAGGCCCUCAUAACUUCUACUCCAGGCCACAUUUUGUCAAUACAGUGGAAGUGUUUGACAUAGAACAAGGUAUUUGGACAAAGCAGUCCCGUUCCUGUCGGAUGAAAGAGAAACGUGCAGACUUUUCUGUGGGCCACGUUGGAGGAAGAGUGAUUGUUGCUGGAGGUCUAGGGAACCAACCCUCACCACUUGGAUCAGUGGAAGGGUUCAAUCCAAACAAGAAGAAAUGGGAAAUUCUACCUGCAAUGAAUAAUCCACGCUGCUCUUGUGCCGGUCUCCAAACUGAUAGUAUGCUCUUUGUUAUCGGUGGUGUGGCACAGGGACCUACUAAUGCUGUGGAGGCCUUGUGUGACCGAGAGAGUAUCUGAACACUUUCAAGCAGCCACCGUAUGGAUCAGUACUUACUCAAGAACUUAGAAGCUUCUUGGUCCUGUCAGUGUUGUUUGAUUCUGGUAAAGAAUCUGUGUUGUCAGUGAAAGCUGUUAAAAUA